GGUGACUCCAAAACAUUCAACAAUCGGCAGUUGCAUGAAAAUAAAAAUUUGGUUUUUCAUGUUUAAAUUUAAGUGCUACUUGUUUUUUGUACAAGCUCCAAUUGAAUUUAAAGAAUCUCAUCUUAACAAUAAUCUGUGAACUCAAUAAAUAAGUGUAUAACUGACUCAUUUUUCGAUUUGUAUUUAUUCACGUUUGUCAACGAGAUUGUUUUCGCGAUCUCAGAAUGGAAAAUGAGUCUAAAAUUACAGUGAAAUGGAGCGGAAAAGAGUACGAGAUAUGUAAUAUUUUGGAAAGUGAUACCGUUUUGACUUUAAAAGAACGGAUUCACAAAGAAACUGGCGUCAGACCUGAAAGACAGAAGCUCCUCAACCUCAAAUUUAAAGGCAAAGCAGCCCAAGAUGAGGACACCAUCGGCAUGUUGGAAAUUAAAAAGGGCUUCAAACUUAUGCUGAUGGGUUCGCGUGAAGAGGACAUAGCAGAAGUUAGUCAAGCCCCUGAAAACUUACCGGAUGUUAUAAACGAUUUAGACAUCGAGGAAGAGGAAGUGGAAAUCGAAAAGGCUGAAGUCUAUCUCUCGAAGAUUCAGAAACGAAUAGAUCAGUACAAUAUUCAGGAAUUAAAUCCUCUCAGGGAGGGAAAAAAGCUUCUAGUUCUUGACAUAGAUUACACCCUCUUCGACCACAGAUCAGUAGCAGAGUCUGGAAUAGAACUUAUGCGACCCUACUUACACGAAUUCCUCACAAGAGCUUACAAAGAUUACGAUAUUGUCAUCUGGUCAGCCACUAGUAUGAAAUGGAUCAACGAAAAGAUGAAGCUUCUCGGUGUCACCAGCAAUACCAAUUACAAGAUCGCUUUUCACUUGGACUCUCUGGCUAUGAUCUCUGUUCACACACCAAAAUACGGAGUCGUGGAUGUAAAGCCUCUUGGAAUUAUUUGGGGAAAAUAUAAACAGUUCUCACCCAAAAAUACGAUAAUGUUCGAUGACAUCAGGAGAAAUUUCAUUAUGAACCCACAGUCAGGUCUUAGAAUACGACCGUUUAAACAAGCUCACUUAAACAGACACAAGGAUCGAGAACUUUUGAAGCUUUCUAAUUACCUGGAACUCAUCGCGAAGGUUGACGAUUUUCAAAUUCUUAAUCACAGAAAGUGGGAAGAAUUCAGAGCCAAGAAAAGCAAGAGUCAUCGAAGGAGUGAAGGCGAUGAAGAAAAACAAAGCAUAUAGUAAGCGAAGUUUAAUCUCAGAUUGAACCAUUUAAUUCAGACAUUCAUUAUUGCAAAUUGUGAUCUUGGAAAGUAAAAUACUUCUCAUGAGUGAUUUAAAAAACUUGGAUACGUAAUAGCUUUUGCGGCAAUUGAGUCAAAGUUUAUAAAAAUAUAUUAACAAGGUGUACUAUUUUUUUUAUGUUAGACUUCUGUUAUCCUGAAUGUACAGAACUUUUUUAAAUGAAAUAUACCUUCUUAUUUCAUAAACU